AUGAAUACCAUACUAAUUUCUGUCAUUUUUGCCACACUCUGUUGUUUUACGGACUCAGCAGCCCUACAGAAAAAGGACUCAGAUUUCUGGGUGGAUCCAGAAGACUGUUCCAAAUUUUAUAUCGUAAGAGAUGGCAAGGAGUUUCUGUUCAAGUGUCCAGAAGAUUACGUAAUUAACUCAGCCACCAGAUUAUGUGUGCCCAAAGGAUCAACUCAAGACAAAUGUGCAAAAAUACUCCAACAAACGCAAGGAAUGUGUUCGUUGCAAUCUCACGAGAAAUUUGUAAAUGUUGAUAGCUGUGCCAAAUAUUACGAUUGUGAAACAAAAGUGUCAUCUGUAGGAGAGGCAGAAGUCAAGGAAUGUCCUUAUCCACUUCUGUUCGAUGAGAAUUCUCAGAGAUGCCAUCACUACAGCACAGUUCAGUGUGGAACUCGAUAUGAACCCAAGGAUGCAUGUGAAUAUGAAGAAAAUCAGUGCAAAUCAGCUCACUGUAUACCAUGUCACAUGCGUUUUCCCAGCUGUAAAGGGUCACCAGAUGGGUUAAAUCCAUGGAGAGGUCGAGAAGGGUCCCCAGAUUUUGUCGUGUGCAAGGACGAAAGGGUGGUUUUCCAAAGUCGAUGUCCAAACACUUCCGACGAAAAACCAAGAAUAUUUAGUCCAAUAUACAAGAUGUGUGUUGACUUUAAAGAUGAUUAA